AUGCGUCGUGUUACUAAUUCUCAUCGUCGUCGUCCAUCCGAUGUGGCAUCGGAUUUAAUUCGAACCCUUUUUGGUCGUCUUACGAAAAAGCAAACUCCAAAUGGAUUUAGAAGUCUCUCCACUGGUGAUCUGGCUGAUAGCACUGUAGUUCCAGUAGGCUCAGAACAUUCCGAUUACAUGGAAAUGCAAUUCAAUCCUACUCCAACAACCAGCAAGCUUGAUCCCAAUUUUGAUGAUGCUGAUCGCGUUCCAAUGAGAUUCAGCAAGGAUGCUCCACCUAAGCUCUUGAAUCAAGCUAGAGCGUCGUCAAGAAAACUUAUGUGCAGUGGAAGUGAUGAGGAUUUGAGACAAUAUCAUGUUUCUGAUCUUCAUGAUUCACAGAAAUGGUUCUACCGUAACGUUGAUAGCAGAAAAGCUGAACGUCUUCUUAUGGAUGCAGGAUUCCAAGAAGGAUCUUUUCUGAUUUAUUGCGUUGGCGAACUUUACCAAAUUUGCGUAUUACAUAAUGGCAAAUUCGUACAUCUCCGCAUUCUUUACCGAAUAAAGAACGGAAUCCCACGCUGGAAUUUGGAAAUCAAUCAGAGCUUCAAAAAUCUUCUUGAAAUGGUCAACUAUUACCGUAGUCAUAAGGGAUUUGUCUUGCCCACUAUGCUGAAGCACGGUGUGGCUCGGCCUGUAAAAAUACCAACAUCAUCCCAUCGGACGCGGGCUUAA